ACAAUUCAUGAUGUUUUUUUUUUCUUUUUUACAAAAUAAGUAAACAUAAAACAACAAAAAAAUAACAAAUAUUAAUGAAGCGUUCGCAUUCAAAUACGAGUAUCGAGUAGUAUCCUUUACACUUCCAUUCUCUCCCCUGAUUCAAAUUUCACGAAGGAAAGAGAGAGCAAUCUCUCAGGAUCCAAAGGACCAAACCUCGAUUUCGUGGGGGUUUGAUUUGAGAUUGAGCAAUGACGGAGAAAGCUGGAGAGUGCAAUGGGAGGAGCGAGGGGUCGAAGGUAGAAUUCGAGUCGAAGAGAGGGAGAGAUCUGAAGGAGAAUGGCGUUGGUCGUCGAGAUGCGGAGGAGAUCGGCGGAUCUUUCGUUAUAGUGAACGGAGAUUCCGACGAUCACUCCGAUAGGGAUCUCGAUCUCGACGACAAGUUAGAUCCGAAGUUAAAACUAGAGAAUGAGAGAAUUUGUGAAACUAGGGUUAAAAAUGGUGAGAAAUUGAGUGGAAAUAAUGUUGAGGAUGAGGAACGUAAUGUGAAUGGAUCAGAAUCUGAGAUUGAGGUAGAAGAGAGGAAGGAAUCUGAGGGUGAAGAGAAAUUGGACUCUGACGCUCAAUUAGAACAAAAGGAGGUCGAGGUCGAUAGUGUUAAGGAGGAAAAUCUUGAAGAGGAGAGGACUGAGGGUGAUAAGGAUCUGGGAGUUGAAGGACAAGCUGAUGUUGCGAUUGAUGGGAGUGAUUCUAAAGUGGAAUUGGGAUCUGAAGUUGAGAAGGAACCUGAAACUGUUGAAAUAGAGAACGGUCACUUAGAUGAAUUGCAGUCAGCUUCUCCCAUGGAAGAAGAAAAGGAGUCUUUCGAUGUGGGAGAAAUCAAUGUAGGAGAAGGUCAAAAGACUGUGGAUGUGGUUGGAGAAAAUGAUGAUGAACCAAACAAGGCGGUUCACACUGUAGUUGAGGUGACCGAGAAUUCAGCAGAGUUAGGAUCAACUGUUGAAUUAGAACCGAAGCAGGAGACCAACGCUGGGGUUGAGGAGACUGAGAAGUUAGAAAAGUUAGGAUCAUGUGUUGAUGAAGAACCCACAACAGAGCCUAAGGUGGUUGUUGAAGAGAGAGAUAAAUCUGAAGUAGAAGAAGGGAAGGAACUGGAAGUUGUGGUUGAAGAGAACAACAACCAGGUAGAGAUAAGAUCGGCUGUUGAUGUAGAAUCGAUGCCUGAGCUUGAUGCUGUGGUUGAAGAGAGGGAUAAAGCUGAAAUAGAAGAAAAGGACAAGGUUGAGGUUGGGGCACAAGAGCAUAGCAACCAAGCAGAAACAGGAUCAGCUGUUGAAGUAGAACCUGAACAGGAGUCUAAGACCGUGCAAGAAGAGGCUUAUAAAAUUGAAACAAAAGAAAAGAAGAAGUCUGAGGAUGUGAAUGCAGCACAUACGUCAUCUAAGCCCCUUCCCCUUGAAAAUGGUGUAGCCGAAGUCCAGAAUGCUGAUAGCAAUGCUCCAACAAAUGAACCCUCAGGUCAGCUUACUGAAGAAAUUAACCAGGAUUCCUCAUUAAGAAACCAUGUUUCUGAGAAAGAACCACUUGAAAAAGUUAGCUAUUGUACCGAUGACAAGCAUGAGGAACUAAAAGUUGGCAAUAUUGAUACAGUUACAUCAGAACCCAAAACUGAGAUUUCGGGUAAAGAAAUUGAACCUCGCUCGUCUGAUCCUGCUACUGUUGUAGAUUCAGAGACAGAAGCUGAAGAGCUUUGCCUCAGUGAAAAUACUGAAGCUGAAAAAAUGGAUUCCAUUGGAGGUGUUGAAAUAAACAAAUAUGUAGCUGUUAAUGGACUGAAACUUGAAUCUGAGAGCAGAAAUGAAUCUGUCAAAGGUAGUGAAUGUGUUGUCAGUUUUACUGAAGGGGACCGAUCAACAAAUAAGGAUGAUGACGAAGAACCCAACCAUGAGCAAACUCAAGCUGCUGAAACAAUACAAGCUCCUCCAGAGUCCCAUGUUGUGAAACGACAUCGAGUUUAUAUGAUUAAGGUCCCUCGAUUCAUUGAUGACGAGCUCCAGAAGAAGAUUCAGGAUGCCAUGAAGAUAGUGGAUGAGAAAACUAAAAUCAGAGAUGAGAAGGGGGAUCUGACAAGAAACCAAGCGGCCAUAGUCCACCAAAAAUCGUUAGAUUAUAAAGCUGCAUUGGCUAAAGAGAUGUUCAAACGAGCUAUAUUUAAGGCAAAGCGCAAUGAAGUAGAGAAAGAACAGGAGGCAAUCAGCAGGAUAAACAAUGCAAAUUCAAUUGCUGAUAUUGAUGAAAAGAUAAGGAACAUGGCCCAUAGGCAGCAACAUGAAACUAUUUCUUUGAAACAAGAAAAGCAAUAUAUUCAUGAUAUCAAUCAGAUGAAACGCCUUCGGGAACAACUUUCUUCAAAGGCAGCCCCACAGGAACAAAUUGAUGAGGCACUCAACCAAAAAGAAGAGGUUGAAGGGCGUUUUAAGAAUUUGAAAAAAGAAUUAGACACACAAAGAGCAGCUUUGUUAGAAGCUGAAAGCUGCACAAAAUUCGCAUGGAAUAAGUACACGGAUGAAGACCAAAUUUUAAAGAGUUUGAAAGAAGAGUAUAAUGCAGCUGAUGGAGCUAGGCAAGAAGCUUAUCUAGAAUUGAGAAAACUCAGAAAUCAGUCAACCGAGAAGUUCAAACAUUUUAAAAUGUUCAAGUCUGACGAGUUGACUGCAAAAAACUACAUAUUUUCUGGAGAUAACCAGGGGCUCCUGUUCCAUUGCAGCAAACAGGUAGAAAGAAUUAUGGAUCUGUGGAAUAACGAUAAAGAAUUCCGUGAGCAAUAUGUGAAGUCAAACAUUUAUAGUACACUGAGGAGAUUGGGAACUCCAGAUGGACGGUCGCUUGGUCCUGGUGAAGAUGCACCUGUCAUUCAAUCUCAUGUAGCUAGAAGUUCAAAUACCAGCACUGUUCCUUCAUCAAAGAGAGAAAUUCGUGCUCCUGUUUUAAUGUCAGAAGUUAGAGAAGAAAACUUGACCGGACCUUCUGAAACCAAACAAGCAUCGAGAACAAAUCAAUCAGCAAAGUCGAAAUCUUCUGCUAAGCCUUCCCUUGCAGAAGGAAGUAAGCUGAAAGUUUCUAACAUUGAAGAAUCAAAAGAAGCUGAGAAAUUAAUGAAGCUGAAAAAAGAGGAAGAGGAGCUGACAAGGAAGGCAGAGGAGUUGGCGAGGAAGGAAGAAGAGUUGAGGAAAGAGAAGGCUGCAAAGGAGGAGGAGUUGAGGAAGGAGAAAGCUGCUGCUGAGCUGAAAGAAAAGUUGCGGUUGGAGCAAAAGGCCAAAGCCAGGGAGGCUGAGGAAAGAAAGAGGCGGAAGGCUGAAAAAGCCCAGGCAAAAGCUGAAUAUAGAGCACGAAAGGAAUCCGAACUCAAAGAAAAGAAGAAAACAAAGAAGGAGAAUAAAAAAUCAGGCACAACAGACACAUCAAAUGAAAGGGAAAUUACACCCAUUGUCGACACAAAUCCUCCAGAAACAUCUCAGGAGUCUGAAUCCUCUCAUUGUGCUGCUCAGAGGAGGAAGGCUCCAAAGCCAGCAUCCUCAAUGAGGCAAUACAACAAAGUACAACCUCCUGUUCCUUUGCCUCUUCGCAACAGGGGUAAGAGAAAGAUGACUACAUGGAUGUGGGCUUUACUCGUUGUUCUACUGGUGCUCGUGCUCUUUUUUGCUGGAAAUUAUAUUACUUUUUCUACAUCUGGCCUGCCAAAUUUCAACUUCUAGGCAUAUAUAUUCAUACUGAUUACUAUAUUAUAUGUUAAUUGUUCGGUCUAUAGAAGAUAGGAAAGGGAUGCUAUCAAAAGAUUAAUUUAGGCUUUCUUCCUCUUUGGCUUUACAUUCAUUUAUAUGGUUUGCCCUUCUUGGUUUGAAAUUACAUUUCGGAGGCGUAUUUAUACCCAUCAUUAUUUUCAAUACUACCUUACUGAAAUUGUAAACAUAUUAAUAGUAAUGGCGGUGUUUCAUUCCCUUGGGCUGCUGUUAUUAAUGAUGGUGUUUGUCUUAGUAAGAUCUUCUUCUCUCUUUUUUUAACUUCGAAUCUGUAAUAUAAGAGUUUGUUAGAACUGUUUGAUAUUUGGAGAAGAAACUACCUCCAUAGAUUUUAGAUCCAUGUCUAUA